AUGGAUCUGGCAGCCCUCGCAGCGGGCGGGGUUGGGAGCCUCUUUGGCUACAACCGUGAGAACUAUUUCUUUGAUGGCAAGCAGCGGAUCAAGCGAAUCUACCAAGGCCAGACCAUGCGAGUGAAGCAGUUCGAGCUCUUUCGAGAAGAUAUCCGAGACUUGAUGAAUCUCACGGUGGCCAAGAUGGACAACUACUUGAUAGUGAAUACCAUCCAGAUUGGCUUGGUGGUGGUGCUCUUUACUGAGGGUCGGCCGAAGCCGGGCGACGCCCCGCCGUGGCUCUUGUUCCUGUGGGGAGCCUCGGGGGUCGGCUCCUUCAUGUACAUCGCCCUUUGCAUUUGGUUGGCCAUGCAUGCGUCCAUUUGUUCGCACUCCUACUGCGUGCGCAUCCUGACGCAACUUGUGCGACUGCCCAUUCCCACGAAGGAGCAGUUGGAUGCUGCAAGGGUCCUGGCGACCGACUUCGAAGGAGCCGAAGUCAGGGAGAUGCUUCGCUUUCCCGUGGUCAAGCAGCAGCUGAAGAAGCUGAAAACCAUGGUGGAGCAGAUGGAAGAAGAGCAGCUGACGGAGGAAGCGACCUAUGGCAGCGAUGCCGCGAGCGACCCGGGAGAGGAAACGAUGCUGGAUGCCUCUGGUCGUCCCGUGCAGAGCGACACCUUGGCACAUGUGAAGCUUUAUCGUCGCAUGCAGGCGAAUUGGCAAGCCUAUGACGCGUACGCACGUGUGUGCAUGGCAAUGGGCACCAACCAAUUCUUGCAGCAACUGGGCUACACCUGCUUGAUCGGCUUCAUCUCGGAGAACCACUCCGUUCUACCGGGGAUUUGUUCGGUGGUGAUCUUCAGUGUUUGUGCCGCGCUGCUGGUGCGCUUGGACCUCUACUUGCCGUUGCAGCACUUGGUCCUGGCGGGGAUUCUGAAUACGUUGCCACCAAUGAUUGCCGGGGUGAGUUUGAUCCUCAACAUGUUGACGUUGGACGGUAAAAGUGCAUACUGGAAACUCUUGGGCGAUUCGCUGGUGCCGGCGGCCUUCUUCCUGCACAUUCUUUGGCUUGGCCUUCUGCUGGUUUGGGCAAAGGGCAAAGUGAUCAACAACAUCUAUUUGCCCACGAUCUUCCGGGCUGUGCUCUACUUGGACGUCUUCGGCUGGUUAAGUUCCGAAGAUCGUCAGGAGUCUCGAACGCUCACGGGGGCUGCAGAGGACCCGGAGAACACGGCCGACUCCUUCUCCGGGCUGAGCGUGGUUCAAGAGGAGGAGCCUUCCCAACCGAGCCGCCUACGCAUCCCCGGAUCCGAUGGGCGUCGACAAAGCCUCCGAGACUCCUUAGCCAAGCUCUGCAGCGAAAUGAAGAGCGACUUGGAGAAGGACCUGAAGUGUUUCGAAGCUGAAGAUGUCUCGUCCAUCAUGGAGCCUUACGAGAAGCAGGCGAUCCAGGAGUUGCGGCAGCAGCUGAACGACACCGUCGCGAGCGUUCGCUUAGAGGAGCCAGGGGAGGCCACAGACGAGUCCAAGCCUGUCUGGGUCCGUUUGGAAUGGAAUCCUUCUGGCCGCGCCUCCUAUUUCUACCGUCAGGUCCGACCCGAGGAUCCCAAAGUGGUCUGGACGCGUCCGUUGCCACCGGACCAAGUACUGGAACUCGAGGAACUCAGAACUCGUCUGGAGGGUCUCAAGAAGAAGGUGGAGAUGCUGGCGUCCCAUUUCCAAGAUGAGCAGGUGACCAUCAGCUUCGAUGCCUCUUCCUGCAGGAGCUCCAACAACUCGGGGGAGGCGGAGCAACUUUCACACUGGCCUGAGAGUGCAAGCGCUGGAGAGUCGCAUCCCGCUCAGGACCAGACUCAGGCCGCCAGCGAAGCCGUGCAGCUGGCGGAGUCGGCCGCUGCCAUGCAGGCGCAAGCGGGAGCGGGCUUCCAUCCACACCAGCCCCGUGCCGACACCCGCCCCGGACCCGAUCGGCACCAGGAGCCGGGCCUUCUUCCAUGGACCACCGUGAAGCAGGGGAGUUUGAUCCUCAUUUCAGCGUGGGGUAUCGGCCUCGUUUGGAGCAUCUUGCGCCUUUGGACCGACGUGGUGGACAUCCUGGACCCUCCCAAGAAGCCCGACAACCCGGAUCUUGAGUUGCUCUUCGAUGGCCCCUGGCCGCGGUACUUCCAGCCGAGAGGACUCGCCUGUGAUGAGAGGGACCGAGAUGAGGCACCGAGGAUCCUCAUUGCUGAGAAGCAUGAGGUCCAUCAGUUGCUGCAAGAGGAGCACUGGACCUUGUCCACCAGCUCCAUGGAAGCUGCCUGCCUCUCCACUCAGCCCAGGUUCCAUGCGAGUGGCCUCCGCGGCAUCUCCUUGCAGUGUGCCCAUGAGGGAUGCGAGAGUGUCCUGGUCGGCGAGGGCAGCCGCGCUCUGCGCUGUGGGGGCAAUGAGACUGCCGAGUUGAAGCUCCAUGGUGGGCCCUGGCACCUCGCCACCUCUUUAGACCAAGGAGUUUGGGCCACGCGCCCGGCAGAGUCGAGUCCGGUCUUGUUGCAUCCAGGAUCUGAUGGCUGGGUCCCAGCUCUGCAGUUGGCCGAGCAUCCCGCAGCUUCGGACCAACGCCUCUUGGAUCGGCUGCAGGAUGGCGGCCUAUUGGCCAUGAGUCAUGCAGGACGGAUCCAUGCAUGGCAGCCACAAGCAUCGUCCUCAUCCUGGCUCCCUUCAGGCUGGUCCUAUGACCUCCCUGAUGAUUUAGGCUUAAGUUGGACUGGCCUUUGCACCGCGGGCAGCAGCUUGAUCCUUUUGGGACAGGCCGCAGGCAAAGUGGAAGUUUGGCGUUUAUCGCUGCCAGCACUGAGGGGCAGCGCUUGA